CGAACAGAUGAGCCGAUUGCUUCAUAAGGGUGAUAGGUAAGACGUGGACGAUCUAUCUCCUGUCAUCAGAAGUGUUUCAAAAUCUCAGUUGUUCGCAUAUUUUAUGUUGCUCAUAUUUGCUUUUUUUCUUUUGUGUGUGCUCACUCUCAAAGCUUAAAAUUUUCAGCUCUGAGAUCUACCGCGAUCAAGAUGGUUGUUGACGCACUCAAUACGAUCUUCGGUAUCUCGGCUUCAAGACUCCUUUCUUGCUCUGAUAUCAGUUUUCACUCAUCUAGCUUCCUUUGCUCAAAAGUCUUUUGUGCCCCUUGCAAUUCGGCGAAUGCUGGAGCAAACCAGGCUGAGUUUCAUUUCUUUUUUUGCUUCAAGAUGGAUUUUGGGAAAAGCUGUCGCAGUCUUCAGUUUCCGCUUUCUUUUGUGAUUGUUUUAUCUUCGUUUCCAAUCUUUGUUCACCUCUUCGUGUUCUUCAUGUUCUUUGUUGGAAUGGCACGUGGCCAUGUAGUCUGCAAGAAAAGACGCCAUCAUUAUGGAAUUGAUCCAUUAUGCAGAUUAGCUUCAAAUUAAAUUGAUUAUCGUUCUUUCUACCAUGAAAAUGGUUCCCAGGACAAUCAUAAAGCAACGCCCUUGGAGGGCACGAGAGAAUCCCGUACAAUAGUCACGACCAAAGGACGCGUUGUU